AAGUUCUAGGCACAAUGAAUGAAAACGAACGACAACGAACCCGGAAAAAUUCUGAAAAUUCAUCGAAUGCACGUGGAAAACUUCCCCCCAUCACAUAAAUCAACCACUUUGCGUCGCUGUCUUUGUUUUUAUUAGGUGCGUUUACAUUUCGUCUUCUUGCUGCCACUCAAGAAUUUUUAAUCUGGUCGUCAAGAUGGAAAGCAAGUUACGCCAAUUCGCUGUACAACUCUAUGAGGCUGGUGCUUUGAAACUGGGCACUUUCACUUUGAAAAGUGGUGCAAUAUCUCCCUUUUACGUUGAUCUUCGCAAUGUUGUAUGCUCAACAGAAAUGCAUAUGUUCGUAGCGGAAUUGCUCCGUGAACUCAUUGUAUCCAAAAAAUUGGAAAGCCAAAUUCUUUGUGGUGUGCCCUACACAGCAUUGCCUUUGGCCACUCUAGUUGCGACCAAAUUAGGUCAGAAUAUGGUCAUUAGGAGGAAAGAGGCAAAAGCGUAUGGUUUGAAAAAUUUAAUUGAAGGUGUAAAAGAUGGAAUGGCUGGACAAAAAUGUCUCGUCAUCGAAGAUCUCAUCUCCAGUGGUGCCAGUAUUGUUGAAACAGUUAGCGAUUUAGAAGCAAGUGGUUUCAUAGUCAAAGAUGCGGUUGUUAUCCUUAACAGGGAGCAAGGUGGUGUUGCAAACUUGGAAAAAAAGAAUAUAAAUGUUCAUGCUUUAUUUACAAUUUCUGAGAUUGUUGACAUGCUACUUCUAGAAAAGAAAAUCGAAGAAAGUGUUGUUACCACUGUGAAAGAAUACAUUAAAACUGGACAGAUUCCUUUGAAGAUUUCCCCUGAGCUCUCAUUAUCUGGAGAUAGAUUGAAGCUUUCGUUUGAAAAAAGGAAACAGUUUGCCAAAUCCGCUGCAGCUGCCUCUUUAUUUGACAUCAUGGUGGCCAAAAAUUCGAACUUGUGUGUUGCUGCUGAUGUGCCCACUGCAGAAAAACUCCUGGAAAUCACUAAGCUUGUUGGGCCUUAUAUCUGUGUAUUAAAAACUCACCAUGAUAUAGUGGACAAUUUCACCGAUGACACAGCUGCAGAGCUCCAGAAGUUAGCAAAAAAGUUCAAUUUCCUGAUCAUGGAAGACAGGAAAUUUGCUGAAAUUGGGAGCAUUGCCUUAAAGCAAGCCAGUAAGGUAGCUGGAUGGGCAGAUCUUGUCACAGCUCACAGUAACGCAGGCCCAGAUAUAGUGCCUGCUCUCAGAUCUGCUUUCAGCACUUGUCCAGAAGGGGAUGAAAAAGGCGUGUUCCUUGUUGCAGAAAUGAGUUCUAAAGGCAACCUUCACUCUCCAGAAUAUGCGAAAGCUACCGCAAACAUGGCAAUCUUAUAUCCUGAAGUCGUCUCUGGCUUGGUUUGCCAAUCACCAUCAGUCGUGCCUUCAUUGGGAGUCCUACAACUUACACCCGGUGUAAACCUCGAAACAAAAGGAGACUCACUCGGACAGCAGUACAACACUCCGGAGGUUGUAGUAGGCGAGAAGGGAGCCGAUAUUGCUGUUGUGGGUCGCGGAAUUGUCUCGGUAAGCGAUCCAGCGGCUGCGGCGCAGAAGUACCAGACUCUGCUAUGGCAAGCUUACCUGAAUCGACUUGCUUAAAAAGGUCUAAUAUGAGCUGCUUACCACUGUCUUUUCUGGAAGUUUGCAAGAAAGAGAAAAGUAUCAUGCUGUCAGAGAAAAUACCAGUGGGUAGAUUUGAGAGCCCUCUUUAUCAAUUUUGGUGCCUCAUAAUUUCUGUUCCUAUUUUAUUUUUUCGUCAGGACUCCAGGGAACUUUAUAGUUAACAUUUUCACAUAAUGCUCCUCAGGUAAGUUUGAAGAAUCGUACUGAAAUUUUUAAGGAAUUUUGUUGUUUUGUUUUUUACUUGAAUAACAAAGUAUGGUGUGAAAUCUGUAUGGGGCACAUUAAGAUGAAAAUUUUCAAAGUUCAACCAUUGGUAUGAAGAAAUUAUAACAGAUUCAGUUGAUAUGUUGAUUUUAGAUGCGUGAGUAUUUUCAGUCUAGUUUUAAUCCCUGUUAGUGUAAGUAGUAAGUUGCUGCAAGUAACCCCAAUUCUGUGAAUAGCUGCAAACGAAUUUUAACGAAACUCUGUCCGGCCCACAGGCCUCAACAGGCAUCACUGUGAAGCUGACUUUUUAUUCACAUUAUUAUCAGCAUCAAAUUGAAACAAUUUAGAAGUUUGCUACACUGCCUCUAGUGGCAGUAUGCAUAACAAUUAUUUCGCUCAGUGUCACAAGAGAUUUUUAAGUUUCUUGGAACCGACAGUGCCAUUUUUGCAGUAUUUCUUCGACCAUUUGAAGCAAAAGGAGAAAACAGAUGAAGGUGUAUCAGCAAUCCUAAUUUCCUCGGAAUUUGUGAUAAUAGAGUAGGAGAUAAUCAUUCCAAAAGUUCGGUUGCCUUAAAUCUCAGGGCUAUCACUUAAUUGCUUCAUCACGCACCUUUAAAUUAAGCUGUAUUUUUAUAAGUAUUUUUUGGAAAGUAUCAUACAAGUAUCUAUUUCAUAAAUUCUUCAAAACUAUGUACCAUGAAGAUGAGGAAAUCUUAUUUUACUAUGUAUUAAUUUCUUGGAUGUAGUAUUAUUUCCAAAGUGAAAUUCCAGUGAACGGCCAGCAGCUUUAAGUGUGAGAGAGAGAAAUAUUGUCCUUGUGAAAACGUGAAUUAGCCUCAGAAAUGAGCUCAGUUCAAUCAUUAUUUCCUAAAUUUUUGUUUUGUAUGUUUCUCAACGAAGUGCCAUUUAUACCUAGUAUUUUUUAGCAUACGUAUCAUUCCACUACAAUAAUGUUAGACAAACUGAUAUUAGUCAUGUAAGAUAAUCUGUACCCUUUUUGCCUUUUGAAUCUUUGAGAAUCAGUGCUUAGAAGUUUGUGUGUCGAAGAUUCUCAGGGAAUUGAAAAAUGUAAGUAUGGAAAUCGUGCUGAAGAUACUUGAUGUAUCAAAAUAUUUUUUAAUCCAUUAAUUUAAAAUUUUUUGUCAUAUCGUAUAAAAUGCUCAAAUCGAUCAAGAGGUCAGCUUUUUUGUGAUUUAUUUUAUUAACUGCAAUAUAUUCUAAUCAUUCUCUUUAGCCAGGUCAAUUUUUAAAAUGGACUGAAAAUUGAAAGGAGACGACUUUGAAAUUGUUAUCCUCUAAGUGACAGGACAAAAGUUGCUUUUGUUGAGCUUUUGCUAGUCCCUCAAUGUUUUGUUAAAGUUAAUUUUCUCCAGUUUUUGCAGUUAUUACCUCUUAUUAUCCAUAAUUUGUUGUUACAUGAAGCAAGCGUUGAAUUUUACAAUGUGAUAAUUAUCUUGAGUGCUGUACAUUUCGUAUGGAAGUCUUAGCUUGUAAGUGAAAAUUAACCAUGCAAAAUUUUUCACCUUCUUAAGUCUAGGAUGAUCGGUAAUUUUAAAUGAUUACUUAAAUUUUCCAGUUCGUGUCUUCCUGUCAAAUCAUUUCAUUUUGUUUUAAAAUCAUUUCGAUUAUAUAAAGUGUAAAGAAGAACUUUUAGUCUUGAUUUGCUUAUAUUUUUAUUCAUUAGUUACGCAUAUCACAAUUCAUUUGAGGAAAUCAGCACAGGCCAGGGAUCUUAUAGCAGCCAAGAGAUGAACACAAUUGUUUUAAAACCGUUUAUUACUCACUAGACAUAAUCAUAAGUAUAUUCCAUGUUACAUACUGAUAGGAUUUUAUAACUUGUAGACCCAAUCCCUUCGGUAACUGGGCGUUGGUUUAUCAGGCACUUGAAAUUCAAAUCUGGAGAAUCUGCACCAAUAAGAAAAUGUGAAAAAUCCUGUACCUGAUCCUAUUUUUUUACCUCUAUCUUUUUAUUUACUCAGCUUAUUUUUAAUUUUCUCAAACUUCAACCUAUCUGGUGGUAAUGAUGAAUAAAUUUUAUGCAAUUACUA